CAACCACCCUUCGCCUCUGAAAAAAUCUCUAGCGCCUUAAUCCGGCGGCCAGCGUUCUCCUUUGUUCUCCCUGCCGUUGCUGGCGCGUGUUCCGUGCUCAUCUCCAUCGCCUUCGACCCAGUUUCUUUUUCCCUUGCGGUGCUCUGUAUGUGCGAUCGUGCUUCCUUCUUGGUUCUUCAAUGUCGGACUCGCAUCUUUGUCUCGUAGCUUUGUUUCUGCUAGUGAAGUUUGGAUUCAAUUGUUCAAUUUCUCAUUUCUUCUACAUAGGUUCACUCUAAGGUUUCAUUAUUAGGAAAAGAUUCUUUCAGUUUGCUGAAGGUAAACCGAUCAUCAGUGAGGCACACACAGUCACACAAUUUCUUCCUCCUCCAUCCGCUGCCACCCACCCUGGUGGAGGGACAUGAUAUCCACAGCUCCGUGGACUUCAGAGAAAAGGCUCUGUUCUUGGGCUUGAAGAAUGUUGGUUAAGAAGUAACUGAAACACACAAAAUGAUGCCCCAAUGCUCUAUUUCAUCAAAGAUAAUUUUGCCUUUUCAGUUCCAGAGCUUGAAUGGUCUCCAACAGCUUGCCCAAACAUGUCAUUUCAAGGCUUGGUUCUUAGAUCAAUUUGGAGUUCUCCAUGAUGGAAAACAGCCUUAUCCUGGUGCAAUUGCAACGUUAGAAUCUCUGGCAAAGAGUGGUGGAAAGAUGGUUAUCAUAAGCAAUUCCUCAAGACGUUCAUCAGUAACAAUGGAAAAACUCAGGAGUCUUGGUUUUGACACCUCUCUCUUUGUAGGAGCCAUCACUAGCGGAGAACUCACCCAUCAAUACUUACAAAGGAGGGACGAUCCUUGGUUUGCAGGAUUGGGAAGGUCUUGUAUUCAUCUGACCUGGAAAGACCGGGGAGCAAUAUCUCUUGAGGGCCUAGACUUGCAGGUUGUGGAGAAUGUAAAAGAUGCUGACUUUGUUUUGGCUCAUGGCACUGAAGCCUUGGGGACUCCCUCUGGGGAUGCACGUCCUAUGAGUCUUCAAGACCUUGAAAGAAUAUUGGAGCUUUGUGUUUCCAAAAGAAUUCCUAUGGUGGUAGCUAAUCCAGAUUAUGUCACCGUUGAGGCAAGAGACUUGCGUGUGAUGCCUGGCACCCUAGCAGCCAAGUACGAAGAGAUCAAUGGUGAAGUCAAAUGGAUGGGCAAACCUGCUAAGAUAAUCUACGAAUCAGCCAUGGCCAUGACUGGCACAGAUUUUUCUGAGUGCAUAGCAGUGGGGGACUCUCUAAAUCAUGAUAUCAAGGGUGCUAAUGCAGCUGGAAUGAAGUCUGUUUUUAUCACUUGUGGGAUUCAUGCAACCGAACUUGGACUUGAAAGAUAUGGUGAAGCUGCGGACUUAUUGUCUGUGCAAUCGCUUGCAAUGAAACACAAUGCUCUUCCAUCUUACGUGUUGCCUGGAUUCAAAUGGUAGGAUCCUUUUGCCCGUAAGCUGAACAACUGUUCCAUUUAUUAUGUGAUAUAUAUAUUUAUUAUAGUAAUUUUUAGGAUUUGAAUUGAAUGAUUCUUUAGCUACUCAGUUGAUGUGACGUUGAUCAUUCAGAAAUGGUAGUCUAGAUUUAAUAUUCAUAGAGACUGGCAAGUUAAUCUUAUGUAUACAGAGAUGAACUAACUAUUGCCGAUAGGUUAGCUAAGUUGGCUCACAGGAUGGAUGGGAAUUUCUUGCUCUUAGAUCAACCUCCGUCUCUCAAUCAAGAGGCGGACGUUGAUGAAGAAUAGGUUUUUAAUUCUUGGUUGUACUCGUUUCUGUUGUUAGUUCUAAUGAAGUUUUCAGGUUUUAUUC